AUGGCCGCCAUGUCUAUAUCAACAACCACAUCCCUUUAUAACCCUGAACCUGUCGUCAAGUACGACUUGAUUUCGACCUCUUUAUUCCUCAACUCGUCAAAACCAGCCCCCUCCACCACCAACAACACUGUCAACUCGCUUCGAAAGUCCCUUGCCCUUCAGCGUCUCCACAUGGGUCCUCCUCACCGCUCCUUCCUCCCCCAGACUCGUCAGCCCCUCCAGCAGCAGUCUCUCCACCACCCCUUUUUCCUUCAUCAGAUCCAGCACAACCAUCAUACCCACAAGAAGACUCAGUCCACCCACCUUGCAGGCAAGCUGGAGGAUAUCAUGUCGAGUCCACUCUUGAUCGCCCCUCUGUUGAAGGAGGCCGCUGCAGCUUCUGCCACCGCGCCUACGAGUCCUGUGUCAUAUGUGUACACUGCUCCUUGCGAACACCAUCCUUCCACGGGGCAGACUGACUAUCUUGUCAACGACAUGUUCCCCAAAUUGACACACGACUUGUCGACCAUCGAGUUCGGUAUCCGCAUCGCCGAUUUCAUGCCCUUGGCAUUCAAGACCGUCCCCGUCGCCGGUCUCGCCGAGAAGGAGCUCCAGCUCUUACACGGCCUCGUCGAUGUCCCCAACGUCAUUCACCUCGAAGACUCCUUUGUCAACGACAACGGCGACACCGUCCUCGUCCUCCCCAUGCUCAAGAAGUUUGACUGUAAUACUGUCAACAAGAGCAUCUGUUCAGUCCGCAAGACCAUGAAGCAAAUCCUCACCGGCCUCGCUGCCGUCCACGCCAAGGAUAUUGUCCACCUUGACAUCAACCCCUCCAACUUGAUGGUCACCCACGCCAAGAAGGAUAUUGUCAUCAUCGACUUCGGUCUCUCCAUGCCUAUCGACCGCUCCUGCAAGAGCGGCAAGCCCCAGGUCCCCAUCUGCGGCACCAGCGGUUACAUUGCCCCCGAGGUCCUCCGCCCCCAGCACUACGAUGUCUGCGAUCCCACUUUGGCUGACUUGUACUCUCUUGGAAUCGUCCUCGGCCAGAUGCUCGAGCCCUAUAUCCCCGACUGCGAUCUCCACUACUUUGGAUCUAAGUACCUCGGUCUCGAGAACACCAACCAGACCGUCGCCUACCUGAAGGACUUUAUCGCCCAGGGUGCCUAUUACCCUCGCGUCCUCGUCCAGGCUGCCGACCUUCUCCGCUCGAUGCUCGAGGAGAACCCCAAGAACCGCAAGUCGGCCCAGGAGCUCCUUGACAGCCACCCCUUCUUCUCCUCCUGCCCCGCCGAGUCUGCUGCCUUAGGCAGCUCGACUUUGAUACUCUGCGACUGGCUCUGCCGCGUCCAGGAGAUCAAGUACCAGAAAUACCUCUUGCAGGAGCAGGCUGGUUGCGAGAUCUACCGCUACCGCUAA